AUGCCCGUCGUUGCAGGUCCUCCUCAGGCCCACGGCCCCUCUACCUUCGACAAGAUGAAGAUGGGUGCUAUGAUGGGAUCAACCGUCGGCGGUAUCAUGGGCUUCAUCAUCGGAACUGUCACCAUCUUCCAGUACGGUGCCGGACCCAACGGUGUUAUGCGGACCUUGGGUAAAUACAUGCUUGGCUCUGGCGCGACUUUUGGUCUCUUCAUGUCCAUUGGCAGCGUCAUCCGUACCGAAGGACCUCACAACGAUGCCUGGCUCCGCGCUCGGGGACCCCCGAUGAUGCUUCCUCGUCAAAGCCCUCUGCGGCCCAUGCGUCAGUAG